AUGGCUUCAAUCCCGCACUAUAUUCCUAACCAGGAAUAUAGCAACGCUGGGUUGGAUAAUCUAUCAGACAGCGUCCACUCAGCUAUGGAGAUUGCUGAAAAAUGCCCGUUGGAAGUACCCGCCUCGCACGACCUCCCUCCAGGGGUUUAUGCCUGUCCCGAGUUCAUGAAUUUCCUCUCGGGUUUACAGAUCAAACCGCCUAUCCACCUCCUGGACUGGGUAUAUGACCGUCGCCGGACAGCACAGGAUAUCCUUCCCUUCUUAUAUCUAGGGCCAAACAAUGCUAUGCGUGACAAGGAGUUUCUUGCAAAUCACGGCAUUACUUUACUCCUGGCUAUCAGAGACCGAACCCGGAUUCAGGCUGUGACGGUCAACGGGGAUAGGGUAGCAGCCGACCUGGGAAUUGAGUCGGACUACAUUGAGAUAGACAGCGCACAAGAGCUUAUCAGCAAACUCCCGAAAAUAAUCCGUCUAAUCAAUGACCACGUAUGCAUGUGUCCAGCUCAUCAGCCGCAAGGAGAUGGCAGAGCGAAAAAGGUAUUGGUGUUCUGCGAUACAGGAAAUGAUAGGUCAGCCUGUGUAAUCGCCGCAUAUUUUAUGGCAAUGCUACAAACCGGAGCAGCUAUAGCAUCAAGCCACGUUCAAGUACGACGACUGUCCAUCAACAUUCACCCUGCCUUUAUGGAUAUUCUGAAAGCUUUUGAGACCAUUCUGGAUGCGCAAAGGUCUAUUGCCAGGAACGCACUAGACAACCAUCAAAUUGGUCCAAAUGGGUUACUAGUGCCGGACAAUACAAUUUCAAGAAAAAGGUCUUUCGAAGUUACCGAGGAAUCCCAGAACUCAGAUGGAGAGCCCAUGGACACAGAUCACUCACUGGGGGCCUGGGGCGAUCCAUGCCGGCCCUCUCUUCCCCCUUUCCGUGAUGUAACCAGCAUCUAG